AGUAAGUUCAGCGCGCCCGCUCCGGCCGGCCCUGCGCCUCCCGCCGCGCCCGCCCGGGAUGUAUUCGUCCCCGCUCUGCCUGACCCAGGAUGAGUUCCACCCGUUCAUCGAGGCGCUGCUGCCCCACGUGCGCGCCUUCGCCUACACCUGGUUCAACCUGCAGGCGCGCAAGCGCAAGUACUUCAAGAAGCACGAGAAGCGGAUGUCGAAGGACGAGGAGCGCGCGGUGAAGGACGAGCUGCUGGGCGAGAAGGCCGAGGUCAAGCAGAAGUGGGCGUCGCGGCUGCUGGCCAAGCUGCGCAAAGACAUCCGGCCGGAGUGCCGCGAGGACUUCGUGCUGGCCAUCACGGGCAAGAAGGCGCCCGGCUGCGUGCUCUCCAACCCCGACCAGAAGGGCAAGAUGCGCCGCAUCGACUGCCUGCGCCAGGCCGACAAGGUGUGGCGCCUGGACCUCGUCAUGGUCAUCCUCUUCAAGGGCAUCCCGCUGGAGAGCACCGACGGCGAGCGCCUGGUCAAGGCGGCGCAGUGCGGCCACCCCGUGCUCUGCGUGCAGCCGCACCACAUCGGCGUGGCCGUCAAGGAGCUGGACCUCUACCUGGCCUACUUCGUGCGCGAGCGAGACGCGGAGCAGAGCGGCAGUCCCCGGGCGGGGAUGGGCUCCGACCAGGAGGACAGCAAGCCCAUCACGCUGGACACGACCGACUUCCAGGAGAGCUUCGUCACCUCCGGGGUGUUCAGUGUCACCGAGCUCAUCCAGGUGUCCCGGACGCCGGUGGUGACUGGAACAGGACCCAACUUCUCCCUGGGGGAGCUGCAGGGGCACCUGGCGUACGACCUGAAUCCAGCCAGCACCGGCAUGAGAAGAACGCUACCCAGCACUUCCUCCAGUGGGAGCAAGCGGCACAAAUCGGGCUCGAUGGAGGAAGACGUGGACACGAGCCCCGGCGGCGAUUACUACACCUCGCCCAGCUCUCCCACGAGUAGCAGCCGCAACUGGACAGAGGACAUGGAAGGAGGCAUCUCGUCGCCCGUGAAGAAGACAGAGAUGGACAAGUCACCUUUCAACAGCCCGUCCCCCCAGGACUCGCCGCGCCUCUCUAGCUUCACCCAGCACCACCGGCCCGUCAUCGCCGUGCACAGCGGGAUCGCCCGGAGCCCCCACCCGUCGUCGGCCCUGCACUUCCCCACGACCUCCAUCCUGCCCCAGACGGCCUCCACCUACUUCCCCCACACGGCCAUCCGCUACCCGCCUCACCUCAACCCCCAGGACCCACUCAAAGAUCUCGUCUCGCUGGCCUGCGACCCGGCCAGCCAGCAGCCUGGACCGUUGAGUGGAAGUGGUCAGCUCAAAAUGUCCAGUCACUGCCUUUCUGCUCAGAUGCUGGCUCCCCCGCCCCCCGGGCUGCCGCGGCUGGCGCUCCCCCCCGCCGCCAAAGCCACCUCCGAGGGAGGAAGCUCGUCGCCGACCUCGCCCUCCUACUCUCCGCCCGGCACGUCCCCUGCAAACCGUUCCUUUGUGGGAUUAGGACCAAGGGAUCCGGCGGGCAGUUAUCAGGCACAGUCCUGGUAUCUGGGAUAGGAAAGGUUUCUUCGCACGCCCUGCUCCUUCGUCCCCGGGGCCCCUGGGCCACGUUUUCCGUGGAAAGUUAGAGCGAGCAAGAACACCCCCGACUCCCAGCCCGGCAGAACAGAUAAAACACACAGACACAGAACACAGGAGGAUAAAAAGAGGAAAAAAAAGGCAAAAAAAAAAAAGACCAACGGGGAAAAAAAAAAAGUAUAAAAAUAAACCCACCCAACCAAGACGACAAGAGGUAAAGAUGGCAACAACGCUUCAGACUCUCGGGACGCCACGGCCGGACCCGGACCGGAGGGCCAGGCCCCGCCACCCCUCGGAGGACCACGGGCGCCUCCCUAAGUUAUUCAUCUCCUCUCGCGGCUGCUGCUGCUCCGGACACGGGCACCCGCUCCCACCUCCGCCCAGGACCAGGUGAGCGACGGGGCAGGACACCCAGUGAGGCCGCCGUCCCCGUGCCCCCACCGCCACCGCCGGGACAGCGCCCAUGAUGGGGUUUGCCAAGCGGGGAGGUGGGCGCCAGGGGGCCAGCGAGGACCCCAGCAGAGGCCGCCCCAGAGGCGGGGUGGGCAGGUGGGAAAGCCACAAGGGCAGAAGAGGGCUGUGGGGAGACCCCGGGCGUCGCCGGGGACGCAACACGUGGCAGAUACCUUCGCGUCGUGGGACUUGCGCCUACCCCAAGCGUGCGCUCGCCGGGUCGCUCGGGGACAUGUGUUCGGGCCCCCGGGCCGGCCCGUUUGGGAGGAGAAGUCUAUGCAAUUGACCCCCAGCCCCCCACCCCCCACGGCAGAGGAGGCCACCCCCCCGCACCCCGCCCCGCCGGCUCCCACCCCCAGGGGAGGGACCCACAUUGCACACACUGUAAGAAAUGCACUUUCCGAGGAAGGGGCUAGGGGCGUCCGCAGACCCAGAGCUCCCGGAGAGGGGGCACCAUCCGGGGUCUCCAUCGCCCGAGCCCUGGGAGGGAGGACCCCCGCCUCAGCCCCGGAGGUGGGGGGGUAGAGCGAGUGGUUUAAGUGCCUGAUCCCCACCGCCCGCCCCCUUGGUCCAGCCGGGACGCGAGUGGGCAUCCUCCACCUCUCCCCGCAGCCCGGCCACCUUCAGUCGCUCCCCCUCAUUGCUGUGCCCCCCUCAGAGCUAGAGAUGGGACCCCGCCCCCUGUGGGCCCACGGGGCGGAACUGGGGUCCCCCGAGCGUCCUGCCGUGCUGGGGUGCGGGGGUGGGACCUGGGGACGCCGGCGUGCCCCCCAUAUGCCUCCUCUGCCAGUGCCUUACAUCCUGGAGCGACACCCCUCCCCCGUGCCUCCCAGCCCGAAGGGGGGCCACGGUUUGCACUUUUCUCUCCCCCCCCGAGGCGGGGCGCAGCCGGGAGAGAAGGCCGGCUGGGUGCGGUCCACACGAGCCCAGACGGGGUGGGGGUCCUGGCUGGGGGUCGUCGGCGCCUCGGGGGGCCCCCGCGGCCGCGUCGGGGACCUCUCAUCUGCUAAGCAUUUUCCGUUGAGCCGCUCCAAAAACACUAAGCCAGGGACACCGGGGGCCCCCACCCCGGCUCCCCGGCCCCAUCCCCACCCCACCCCCGGAUGGCCAUCUUGGGUGGGGGGGCUUGGGAGGGGGUGUCCGGUGUUCUAGGGUCACCAGGCCCGAACUCGGGGACCCCUCCUGGCCCAUCCUUCUGAGCCCCCCGACCUCCUCCAUGCCUGGCGCUGGGGAAUAGUUCCCCCCACUACACCCCCCACGCCGGGGCCUGGGCCAAAGCCAUUGCCCUGGGCAGGGCCCCCGCCUCAUCUGCCCCCGCCUGGCCCUCCUCUCCCCGUCCCGGCACCCCGGGCCCGGCCAGCCUCCUCUCACCUCCCCAGAAACCGGACUUUCCUCCCAAACCAGCCCGAGGGGCUCGCGAACCCACUCGAUCAGAGAGAAAGACCCAGGACCUUUCCCCCCCGCGCCCCUCCCGUCCUCCCCGAGGCUCCGGGAACCCUGGGUCCGUCCGUCUGUCCCCAGGGCCCCGCCACCGGUGGCCGCUGGGGACCAAAGCAUGGGCCGCUCUCCGGGAGGCCAGGAGGGGUGUCCAGAAGCUUCCCCGCCGGGAACCUGAGGGUGCGGGGAGGCUGGGGGGAGGGGGGCGCCUGGCAGCCCCCCGCUACCUACGUGCAUGGUGCUUUAGUCGAGGAUUCCUGACCUAGCUCCUGAAGUCGGCCCGCGGCCGACACUGCAUGGCAAACGAUACCUGGCUCUAUGCCCCCCCCCAGCCCCCCACCACUCCCCCCUCCUCUUUAAAAAAAAAGAUACAAAAAAAAACCUUAAAAAAAAUUCCAUGUUUCCUAAUUUGCACGAAAAUUUCUACCACAUGAUGUGCCUUGCCUUCCGAUAAUAAGUAUUAUUACCUUUAAACAAUAUCAGCGCACAGAGAUAGCUGCAUGCCCUGCUCGUGUAGUCAAAAAAAAAAAAAAGACAAAACAAUGACAUGAAAUAAAAAGUAAAAAUUGAAAAGGGAUGUAUUUCUAUUUGUAAAAAAACAAAAAACAAAAAAUAAGGAUUUAAAAAGAAAAUCACGCUAAAAAAGCGACCCACAGAACAGUGGCCCCGUGGUCCGCCCCGCCCCACGCCGCCCCCGGCUUCCCAGCUCCUGCUGCAGCCGUGGGGGUGCGCCCUGGUGCUCCCCCACCCCCGGGCUCCAGAGGGGUCGUUUCUGAAUCCCCCCGCCCACGGCAGCGGACAGACCUCAGGGGUGUGCCCUGGCCCCGGGCCACCGCCCAGCCCCCAGACGCCACGCAUGCACAACCCCGGGCGGGCCCCCGUGGGGUGGCCCCCCUGCCCACAGCCAGACCCCCCAUCCCACCUCUCAUGCAGGCUGGCGUCCCCCCCCCGGCUCAGGGUCAAAUUGCUGUCCCCCCCAUCCCCAGAGACGCCCCCUCUUCCCCCCUGUGCAUCUCCCUCCUUCUUGCCAAAGGACCCACUUGUCCCCAUCCUCCCCAGAGACCGGCCGCGGGUGGCCGUCCCCUCCUGCCCACUCUGCCUCCAGCCAACACCCAUUUCUGCGUCUUCCAGCUGUGACUACGGAGGGUAUCUGGUCUGAAACGAAAAAACGAAACCAAACCCGAUAUAUGCAAUAUCCGUCUGUCUGUCUGUCCCUGUAGGUCUAGGCCAGCCGUCGGGGGCCCCGC